AGAAUGAGACCCGGAACAGGAAGUGUCGAGUCAGACUCCGUGCGUUGCAGGUUCACACAUCCAUCCAUUCAUUUUAGAAAGAACAACUUUGUCAUUUAUUCAUACUGUGUUCGUUUACAGACCGGUGUGUUUUCACAAGAGAAUACGUUCGGCAUUUUUUUUUUGGUAACUCGCAGAUACACGUUAUUUGUGACGCAACUGCUAGCGAACAGUGGCGCUAGCUGCAGAAGAAGUUUUUUUACGCCGACAUCACCUACAAGUGCUCUCCGAAUGAAAGGAGCGGGAGACGGCAACAUGGUCAAGGAGAACCCGUGGAACGUACAACCCAAUGCUCCGGCCAGCAUGGAAAAACAUCUGUGUGCCGCUCAGUACAGAGCAGAUGGCAGUCUGCUGCUUGGUGCCUCCAGCCUCUCUGGCAGAAGCUGGCAGGGGUCACUGUGGAUCUACAGCGACCCCACUCAGGCCCCCGCUGAGGGUUCCUGUAAAGCUGGGGUUCAAACUGAGGCUGGGGUCACUGAUGUCAGCUGGGUGAAGGAAAACGGGUUUCUUGUUGCAUCGGAUUCAGGUGCUCUGGAACUCUGGGAGCUGUCGGACAAAGAAGGUCUGCUCUUGAACCGCUUCACAAAACACGAGCACAAUGACAUUGUCACCUCUGUGAGUCCCGUCACUGGAGGGAGCAACGCUGUCACAGGCAGCAUGGACUGCAGAAUCAACGUAUGGGAUCUGUGUCAGGAGACAGUUGUCACAACAUUCAAUGUUCACACACAGCCAGUCACAUGUGUUGCCUGCAGUCCCACAGAGGAGUCUCUGUUCGUCUCCUGUGGUCAAGAUGGUCGUGUGCUGAUGUGGGACAGAAGGAAACCAAACAAACCCGCAUCACGAAUAGCUCUUGACCUCGACCGCCUCAUCUCCUCACCUACCGCUGUAGCCUGGCACCCUCACCACAGGAGCACCAUUGCAAUUGGUGACGAGCUUGGUCGAGUAUCUGUGAAGGAUUUCCUGGGAUCAGAGCCAGUUCAAGUGAAGAACGUUCACAGCCGCAGAGUCAACAGACUGGCCUUCUCCACACACAGCGCCCCCUUCCUGGCCACAGUGAGUGACGACUGCUCUUUGGUUGUUUUGAACUCCGAACUCAAUGAAAUACUGAGAGAUCGGAGACAUCAGGACUUUGUCAAGGGUGUGUGCUGGCAGCAUGGGGGCUCAAACUCCCUCACAACUGUGGGCUGGGAUCAUCUAGUCCUCCACCACACAGUGGCUCCACCCUCUGGAGACUCUUCUUCUUAGACUCCAACACACCACUUGUUACUGUAGACUGUAUAUAAGAAAUGGACCAGGUCUUUUACAGCAGAAAGUGGAGCCCUGGUAAAAAAAGUGGCAAAAUGCUUUUGUUGGUUUUGGUAUUAACAAAUCAUAUAACCCCCAUUUCUUAUUUACAGUCUAUGCAUAUCAAAAAAUCACAGCUAAUGUGUCAGUGAGGAGCCGUCUGUUGUCGACUGAAAAGUCUCAGUUUACAGUUCUUCACUUCAGUGCACACCGUGUUCAGCUGAGUUAUUCUGUAAAUUCUUUCUCUCUCUCCGUACCUUCUGUCUUUUUGUCCUUUGUUCCACACUGUAGGAUACAGUCAUGUGAUAGCAGAUGGAAAGCAAUUCAAAAUAAACGUUUAAUGCUA